GGCCGUUCUCUUUGACUUUUUACAGCCUCGGUCCAUUGCGCUGCCUGCCCCACUAGAGCGGCUAUAUAUGCAGCCGCGUACUGACACACACACCCAUACAUACAUAGCCAAAGUCAACCACGCCUCCGGCCCCGCCAUAUGAGCCCCUCGUUCCACCUCCACCUUCGUACACGAACGCGAUCGAUCCUCGAGCUGCGUCGUCAUGGAGUGCUCCACCAACGACUGGGAUCUGCAGGCCGUCGUGCGGAGCUGCGGCACGGCCGCGUGUGGCAGCGAUGGUAGCUCGGAAGCAGCGCCGCCGCCGCCGCGGCCGGAGGAGGCUCGAAGUGGAAUAAUCAGCAACGUCGUCGGCCGUGCGGCGGCGGCCCCGGAGUUCCUCGUCGGGAGACCGGUGCGCCCGGCGGCGGCGUUGCGGGAGCUGGACUACUUGGGCUUGGACCACGAGCUCCCGCGGGCGCCGUUCUCGAUCACGCCGUCCAGUGAGCGCGGGGCUGCGCUCGACCACGAGGUGCUCAUCUCUUUCCCGGCCGCCUCGACGUCCGGGCAGCAGCUUAUGCAGCCGAGGAAGCAGCCCGGCCGCAAGCCGAGCGUCCGCACUCCCAGGCCAAAACGAAGCAAGAAGAGCCAGAUGAAGAAGGUCGUGUGCGAGGUGCCGGUGGCCGACGGCGGCGUGUCCACGGACCUGUGGGCAUGGCGCAAGUACGGCCAGAAGCCCAUCAAGGGCUCGCCGUACCCACGGGGGUACUACAAGUGCAGCAGCCUCAAGGCGUGCAUGGCGCGGAAGCUGGUGGAGCGCAGCCCGGCCAAGCCCGGGGUGCUCGUCGUCACGUACAUCGCCGAGCACUGCCACGCGGUGCCGACGAUGCUCAACGCGCUGGCCGGCACCACGCGGCACCGCCCGGCGUCCCCCGAUGGCGGCUGCCAGGCGUCCCACGGCGCGUCGGACGAGGCGUGCGGCAGGCGCGAGGAGGACAGCGCCGACGCGUCCUCCACGGCCGCGGACGGAGGCGGCGCAGAGACGGCGGACGACGAGAACGAGCCGCCGUGGCAGCUGGUCGACAUGGCGAUGGACGAAUAUCCGUUGGAUGACUUCCUGGCGCCGUUCGAUGACGACUUCGAUCGGUUGUUGGAGGACGACGACGGCGUUCUUGAGCGCCGGGUGUCGCUGUAGUUGGGAGCAAGCAGGGCAACUGAUCAUUGACUGCAAACUGUCUCCGAUUCUUCCUUCUUCGAUCAAGAGAGGUUGGUGUCUUGGUGAUGCGACGCACCUAGACGAAAAACUGUGCUGCGUACAGUUGACCGUGUUACAUUACAGUCAGUGUGUCUGGCGACAUCUCUAGCUUGAUGAAAGGAUGGAUACUUUAUACACGCACGACGGCCUUGAUGUAUCCAUUGUUUGUCAGGGUUCAUGGACAUGACGACAUCUCAA